GGAGGGAAAAAAGAACUUGAGAGGAGAAGAAGAGCAAUUAGAAUCCUGACUUGCAGUACGGGUACAGCUCCAAUCCAAGCCGAAUCCUGAAGCUCUAAGGCACCGCCGGCCGCCGCCACGCCUAGCCACCGCAGUUCCCUCUGCUUUGGGUUUCAAUAGCCGCCACCUCCUCUCCGUUGCAGUCGCUGCCCAUAUUUCGGCCACAUCCAGUGUGGGUGAAGUUCUGAAAGGAAAACGACUUGUCGUAGCUUGAAAGAUUACCGAGAAAACCAUGAGAUGACGAAGAUAAGAUUUUGGAUAAAUUCGUUUAAAGAUUGAAAUUCAUUUGUAGGAUCUGUGAUCUACAUCUGGUUUCAGCUAAAUCAAUACCCAAAUAUGAAGCCUUUGAGUAUGUGGUUAAUGCUAGUUGGGACUCUUCGCUUGGCCUCCGUUUGGUUCGGUUUUUUCAACAUUUGGGCUCUCCGACUAGCUGUAUUUUCUCAAUCUCCAAUGACUGAAGUUCAUGGUAGAACAUUUGGUGUGUGGACUCUUCUCACUUGCACUCUCUGCUAUCUCUGCGCAUUUAACCUUGAAAACAAGCCACUUUACUUGGCCACCUUCUUAUCAUUUGUAUAUGCGCUUGGUCAUUUCUUAACUGAAUAUCUUUUCUACCACACCAUGGCCAUUGCCAAUCUCUCAACGGUUGGUUUUUUCGCAGGCACAUCUAUAGUAUGGAUGCUUCUGCAGUGGAAUUCCCAUCAACCCCAAGUUGCCUCGAAAGCAGACUAAAUUGUGCGACCACAUUGAAGACAAAGCUUCUUGUUCCUUUGUUUACAUGUUAUCCCAUGAUGCUUUGUUCUCCUCUUAAGCCUUAGUUUUAUUUCUUCUGAAUUUUCUUAGUGCUUUCUUCUCACUUUCAAAGUAAUGUUGGAAACUCCUACGUUCUAUUGUUGCAAUGACAGCACGUUUGAUGGUCCAAGUGGGCUCUCCCCGUUGGCUGCUGUGGGACUGAACUCUGAACAGUUGUUGUUGUCCUUGUGAGCCCCAGGUCAUAUGAAACCGACAAAACCUCAUUAUGGAUUCAGUCCUAUUGGCUGAUUUGAGUUUGAGCUCUUGGAUUGCUUGGCUGUAAUGAAUACCAUCCAACAUUUGGUGCAAGAGACAUUUACUUUGUUCACAUGCGUUUGACCAAGUCUGAAGUUUGUAGAAUAAAGCUUUUUUUUUUUCCGCUUAUUUUACCAGAAGAAAUAAUAAAUAAAUAUUUAAUGUUUUUUUUA